AAUGUUGACGUCUGCGUAGCUACUGUUUGUCGACAGAUUGAACAGCGAAAGAACAUCGCUGGCGGGUCGUCGUGAUGUACGGUGGAGGUGGAGUAUUGUGCGUUGGCAAGAGGGGAAAAUGAACUGUGUUUAUUAAGCUGAACUUGCACAUUCUUUAAGGGAAUGAAAACUAAUAGGAGGUAACGAGGUGCUUGAAGAUGUGUUGAAGGAAUUAGAUGUAACUGGCACUGAGAAAGGCAUCUAGUGUGCUACUGCGAAAUAACAAUACGAAUUCCAAGAGAGAAAAACUGUGGCGUCGAUUUGUGCAAGCAAAAACUGUUAUGCUCAUAGUAAUAAACAGACUCUUACAACAUAAUUCGGUACCUAUAAGUCCAAGGGGCUUAUAGAUGCAAUGGCGACGAAUGGCGAAAGCAGUCAUCUUGACAGCCAGCUAGACCGGCUAAGUAUAGGAUCCGAGGAAAGCAUAACACGUUCACACAUUGAUGGAGAGCUAAGUAAGGAGGAUGAGGAAGCCUUGGAGAAAUGGGGAUUCCAAUUGAAAGAUCUAUAUCGGCUUGCCCUUAGGUUUUAUAAAGAGAAAGAGGGCAAGGCAGUUCAGUUAUCAUACGAAGCAAAAUGUGGUUUAGUAGCAUUGACAUGCCAAGCGAGGCAUGGGCGUUACAACCCAGGAACUCUCCCACCUCUAGGUGUGCUGGAUGUUAUUGGCAGGGAUCGCAGGUUGGCGUGGCAGCAGUUGGGUACCAUGUCUCCUGAGGAGGCAAUGUGUAACUUUGUGGAGAGGCUAGACAAUCUGUGUCCAUCCUUCGCUCCAUUUAUUGAAGCUCAUAAACGAGAUGUUGAAGAGAAGGAGAGGCUAGCCCGAGAAGAGGAGGAGAGGCAAAGAGAGGAGGAUGAAAGGAGAAGGUUAGAGGAGGCGGCUCGACAGCAGGAGGAGGAGGAGAGGGCCAAGCAGGAACUGCAGAGACGCCAAAUCCAGGAAGCUCUGAACCAGCAGACAUUCCACCAGUUCAAAGCAUAUGCUGAGCAGCAGUAUCCUGGAAACCCGGAACAGCAAGCAGUGCUGGUGAGGCAACUGCAGGAGCAGCACUACCACCAGUACAUGCAGCAGCUCUACAUCCAGCAGCAGCAACAGCAGCAGCAGCAAGGGAGGGCCGUGCCCGGCGCCAUGGAUGGCGACACAGAUGAGCAGGCCAGGCUGCUGCAGCACCUCGGCUCCAACGGCACGCUGUCACCCCGGGGCGAGGACAGUGACGACGAGGACGAAAAUGGAGGUGGUCUGCCAACUCCGUCGGCUGCUUCGAUGUGGACUCGAAAGGACAUACGUGAAUUCAAGGAAGCUAUUCGAAGGGAGUCGGGAGAUGCCAUCAUAAAGGUUGGCCACGGAGAAACAGUAACGGUACGAGUUCCAACACACGAAGAUGGCACAUGCCUGUUUUGGGAGUUUGCAACAGACAACUACGAUAUUGGUUUCGGAGUAUAUUUUGAAUGGGCGAAACCAACCACCAGUCAAGUUUCUGUUCACAUCGCAGAGAGCGAAGAAGAAGAUGAAGAGGAAUUUGAUGAUGAUGAGGACAAUGAUGACCUCGGACUGGGCGACGACGUCGAGCGAGGGGGCGGUGUCGCGAGCCUGCGGGCGGCAGCGGCCGACGCGAGCCGGCCGCCACUGUCGGUGAUCGUGCCGGUGUUCCGGCGCGAGUGCCAGCUGGAGGUGUAUGCCGGCAGCCACGUGUACCCGGGCCAGGGUGUCUACCUGCUCAAGUUCGACAACUCGUACAGCCUGUGGCGCUCCAAGACUCUCUACUACCGCGUCUACUACACGCGGUGAGUGUCCGGCGGGGGAUGUGCGGGCCGCUCGUGGUGGCAUAAGUGAGGGCAGUCGAGCACUGUUCUCCUUUCUUAUUUUGAUUUGUCGUGAAGUUGAAUGCUCCGAGUAAAUGUUGUUUGAAACACGAGUGCAGAUAUCUGCUGUUUACUAAAUUUUCUGAUUUAACAUUUCUCUGAAUGUGCAAUAAAUUAGGCAGUGAAGGGUUGAAAUAUGUGUCGCAGUAGUAUCUUGUGAGACACUUUGAUCUGUACUACUGGCUGUGGUUUUCUGUUAUCUGAUAUGUUUACUGCCUAAAUAUGUUCAUUUCAGGGAACAAUAAUUUCGGUCCUGUACUUUUUAACCCGUUUGUUUUGUAGGAAACCACUAUCCCCAUUCUCGUCUGCCUUAGUGAUCUCUUAUGCUCAAAAUGGAGUAUACUUAACUUUUAAACUAUCAUUUUUGUUUCAUAUGUGCUUUAAUUUGUGCAUGUCGAUCAAACUCAGAUGUAAUAUUCUUUCCUAGCAAUUUUAACACGUGAAUUGCUUUGUAAAUGUGGGCAUGUGUAAGUUGAUACAAAAGUUGCAGAAUGUGUACAAGUAGAUUCAGUAUGUAAAUGGAAAAACUGGUGGUGUCAUUCAGAAAGAUGGAAUAUUUGUGUAUGGAUUUUUGUUAUGAAUGCUUUAAUAUUAUUAUUAUUAUUAUUAUUAUUAUUAUUAUUAUAAAUAUGAUAAUGGAAAGUCUCAAGUGAAACAACACCUUUUGUCCUUCCAUUGUUGUUGUUAUUAUAUUUUAUUAUUGAACAUUAUUCUAGCCCCGGUGAUAUUUAUAGUAUACCCAUAGCCUGCCCAAUAACAGGUAGAUGGUCAUCUAUGCUGUGCUAUAAUCUGUCGAGCAGGAAUAUAUAGACACACACAUUUCUGUUAUGUUUUCACCUGUUUGAAUUGACUUGCUCUGCCUCUCGUACAAUAUCGCAUACUUUUUGUAUGUUUUGUCUGGUUACAUGUGUGGACAGUUGAUUAUACGUGCAGUCUUCCUUGAACCAAAAUUCUGUAAGAGGUUUUAAAUGAGCAGAAAAAGCUUGCAGGAAAAAUUCAAAACUCAUUCAUGGGUAACGGAGAACUAUAUUACAUUUUGCUUGUGGCAGUUAAGCGUUGUAUUUGAUUUGGAAGUGGCCCUACGAAAAGACCCAUCUUCUAUGUCAAUGUAGACGAAUAACUAGGCACUGUGAACUGAAGCUGCAGUCAGUUUCUUCUUCUUCUUCUUCUUCUUCUUCUUCCUCUUCUUCACUUCAUGUAUUAGGCAAAUUGCCUGGUGCAGUACUCCAUGUCUUGUAUUGCCUUCCUGCAUACCUUCUUCCAGUGCAUUAGUAAUUCAGAGACUUUACAUGGAAUGUUUCCCCACCCAAACAGUCUACAUGUUCCAUCCGUUUUAUUUUAUUUUUUUGGUUUAGCUUGUCUAUUCCUAAAUCUUUCUUUAUGCCCUCAUUUCAUUUACCAUCUUCUUUUGUACAUCCUUCCACUCGUCCUACAAACCCGAUUUAUUGAGCUGGCAUUCAACUUCCUUGGUGUAUUGUUGUUGUCACCCAUACCCGUCCUUCCCCUUCCCUGUCAGUAUCUUUUAGAAUUAGGUUACUGAGGAAAAUUUGAUGUCUGUUAAAACAGUGUCUCUCUUCACAGUUGACCUGAUGACAAAUGUGUUAAAACAGUGUCUCUCUUCACAGUUGACCUGAUGACAAAUGAAAAAAGUGUGUUCGGAAGCUUUUGCACCUGGAGUCAAAUUCAAUAGAAUUCUUCUGGGUUGUAGACUGUGUCAUGUCAUAAAAUGUACCAAUAUUUUGGCCACUGUAGCAAGCAGCCUUCUUCAGGGCAUAUAAUAUGUGUUAUACAACAUGACGCCAUCAACAACCCAGGAAAUUCCAGAAACUGAGGAAAGUGUUAAGCAACACAAGAAUGACGUGCAGCUGUUUGGACCAUUCCAGCAAUAGCAGUGGAAUCUAAUAGCAAUCUAUCAUUCUGUUAUAACCUGUUAUUGCUGAUUGGUCUGAUCAUGUUCACAAAUAUGCAUGUGGCAAUCUUAAUACUUGAACUUCCAGGUUACACCUAUAACAGCCACAUUGUUUCUGAUAUGCAGCAAUAUGUGAAUACAAUGUCUGAAUUUAUUGGUGGAAUUGAGAAACUUUGUAACAGGAGUGAGAUUUUCAUCGGUAAAUGUCAUAAGUUGAUGUUUGGGAUACCACAAUAUGUUGUGUUACAGAUUGAUUGCUUAUCUCUCAUUCUUGGGUCUUAUUUUUGUGCUUGUCUAAAAGUUGAGAGACAUGUCACAGAAGCAUUGUCUGUUGGUAGUUUUGGAAAUAUUUGCAACUAAUGUCUAUUUUGUUAUUUUUGGUGCUAUACUCUGAAUUAAUAACACGUUUUUCCUAUGGAUAGAAUUGGGUGAGAGGCUGUUCUAAAGUGUCGCAUAUAUUAAUUUUACUGAGAAAAAUAUAGUGUAAAUGUUAUACAGACAUUUAAUAUCAUACUUCUAUACACUGGUAUCUACUGAUGUGUAGUAGCAUAUAUUUUUUGCUGACAGUAUGAAAGGUUAUGCUCUAUGUGUAAUACUACCAUGCUCUUUCACUACAAAUUCUUAUAAUCAUCAGAUGGCUGUACUGUUAAAAAGUUGUGAGUACUCACCUAAAUUUGUGGUAUGCCCACAUUAGUGUGUGUGUUGGUCAGUGGUGUUGUAGUGUCUUAAAUAGAUCUUUUUUCUCCAAUAAUAGGUCAUAAGGUGUCCUUCUCGUUCCAGAUGCUAAUAUUUAAAGCUUUACCAUGUUUAUUUGAAUUUACUUUCAAUUUGAACUUUGUCCCUGUAACACACACUUUUAUAUCCCAAGUUUAAGUAGGGAAAAAGGAAAUCCUCAGUUAAAUUCCUCCAAUUUUUCUUGUCUAAGUGGAAACUGACAUUUCUGGUGAAACAGUUUGUUUUCAAGAAGAAAUAAACUUCUUAAGAAAAUGAUAUAUACUUGUAUAGUCAACAUUUGAUCAGAUAUUUAGAAAAUACUUAAGAUCACCUGUCAAUCGAUCAGAAUACUGUUACACUUAAAAACAUUUUUGGUUUGACCAAGGAAAUGAAAACUAAGAGAUUUUUUAUUUUUCAAAGUAGUCCCCUUCGAGGCAAUAGUCCAGUUACUUUCCAACUUUAUAAUGUUCCCUAAAAAGUGAUAAAAUUGAGAGCAGUCUCAAUGCCAACAAGUUCUCUUAGUUUCACCUGGAUGUUGCUAAUUGGAGCAUUAUGAAUUUUUGUCACAAUAUACUCAAACAUACUAUGAAAAGCAUGUAUUGUUACUCACCAUAUAGCAGAGUGUUGAGCCGCAGACAGGCACAACAAAAAUACUACUGAACGUGUAAACUUUUGGCCCCAGCAUCCAGAGACAGUCAUCGUGUGUGUGCGCUGUGUUUGCGUGUAUGUGUAUGUUGUCUAUUUCAGAAGGCCUUCUGGCCAAAAGCUUACAUUUUUGGUAGUCCUUUUGUUGUGCCUGUCUGCGACUCAACAUUUCAGCUAUAUGGUGAGUAGCAAUCUAUCCUUUUCAUAAUAUUGUCAUUAUUCCAUUCUGGGUUUCCCAAUUCUUGAUCACCUUCAAUGAAUCCUUCUUUAAUGUCAAAUCCUACCCUUCUUUUAAAUUUGUUCAAGUUAAAUCUUAAGAUCAGUCAUUUUUUCCCAAUCGAUGAUUCAAUUUUUUCCAUUUUUUACAAAAAAAAAAAAAAAAGAGAGAGAGAGAGAGAGAGAGAGAGAGAGAGAGAGAGAGAGAGAGAGACACGGAAUUGUUUAAAUGAUUAUGAAAUACAGGCAACUAAAACUUCACUGUGUGUAUUCUAAUGACCCUUAUUUUUCCAAGAUCAUAGUAAUUUGGUCACAUUCAUGCUGUCUGAGAACUUCAAGAGAGUACCCCUCCUAAUCUCACACUUGUUAGAGGCAAGGAUCCUAAUGUGGGAAAUUGAUCACCAUUUUUAAAAGUAUUAAGUAUUGAUCAACACAGUUGGAGAGAGCAUUCCCAAAUUGAUUAGAAGCUCAUUUUACAUUUCUCAUAUACUUCCAUAGCUCCCUCAACUUUAAUGUGCAUCAAAAAGAGAUUAUUGUGAAGGAAAUAUAGAUUUAAUUUUUUUCCAACAUUUUUAAGUUUUCUGUACUUAUGUUGCUGAUUUUAUUGUGGAACACAUGCAAGUUACAAAGUUGGAGCCUCGAAUUAUUCCCUAUUGUUUUUAUUGACAAAGCUUUCAUAUGAAUAAAACCACACUAAAUUUGUGCUCAAUCCUCUCAGCAUGACCACAUGGGUCAGACUUCUUUACUUACUCCUACAGUCCUGGAGUCUGACUUAGUUACCCAAUGUCUUUUAGUAAGGCAAGGUGUAAAUUCUUUUAGGAAAGAAAUAUCAGACAGAAGAGAGAGAGAGAGAGAGAGAGAGAGA